AUGGCAGAAACAGAAAAUUCAUUGCCGAUAAAUUCUGAAAGGUGGGAAAUUGACUACGGGGAUUCUACGGUAAAAGAACCUUACCGUAGUCAAUUUCCCACCUUUCAGAAUUUAUCGGAUCACAAAGUGAUGGCUUUCUCACUACGUACCGCUGCGCCUUUUGCAGUUCUUCUCAUCGCAUGUUUCGCAGCUGUGCCAACAUCGGCGAUGAGCGAUGCUGAUGUUAAGAAACACACAAUGGCUUCGCUUGCCACUGUUCCCGUAGAUAAGGAUCACCACGGCAAGGAAUUCUACAAAUACUUCCUCACUAAUCACCCGGAGAAUCGCAAGUACUUCAAAGGUGCCGAAAACUUCAACGCCAACGACAUUCAGAACAGCGAGAGAUUUGACAAGCAAGGAGAGAUCUUUUUGCUCUCCGUCCACGUCCUCGCCAAUCUCUACGACAAUGAGCCUGUGUUCCGUGCGUUCUGCCGUGACAACAUCAGGAGACACACGACCAAAGGAAUUGAGCCCUCAAUGUGGAAGAAAAUCUGGGGAAUCUGGACAGGUUUCCUCGAGACGAAAGGAGCUCUGUCCGCGGAUCAAAAAGCAGCAUGGGAAGCGCUGGGAACCAGAUUCAACGAGGAGUCCCAAGCUCAGCUCACCAAGCUCGGACUGCCACAUGCGUGA